UUCCCCCUUCCCUGCUUCCUGUCUUUCUCACCCUCUCUCUUAUUUUCCGGUUCCACUUUCUCUGGCUGUUUCUCUCAUGGCGAAUCUAGCACGCUUCUCCAAGCGAGCCCUGCGAAGCGCACACUCGCUCGUAAGGCACGCGCAAUCGCAAGUGCAACCUCAGCUAUUGGCUGAGGAGCGCGCUUUCUCGACGGAGGCGGCGAAAUCAAUUACUCCGUCUCCGGAUCGGGUGAAGUGGGACUACCGAGGGCAGAGGAAGAUAAUCCCGUUGGGGCAGUGGCUCCCGAAAGUGGCAGUGGAUGCUUACGUUGCACCCAACGUGGUCCUCGCUGGCCAAGUCACCGUGUGGGACGGAGCUUCGGUUUGGCCUGGUUGCGUUCUCCGCGGCGAUCUCAACAAGAUCAGCAUCGGAUUCUGCUCAAACGUCCAGGAACGCUCCGUUCUUCACGCCGCAUGGACUUCCCCGACAGGCCUUCCGGCUGACACUUCAAUAGAGAGGUACGUGACAAUUGGGGCAUACAGCCUUUUGAGGUCCUGCACUAUUGAGCCAGAGUGCAUUAUUGGGCAGCACUCCAUCCUAAUGGAAGGUUCAUUGGUGGAGACACAGUCAAUCCUUGAAGCUGGAUCAGUAGUUCCACCUGGAAGGCGAAUUCCUUCUGGUGAACUUUGGGCAGGAAAUCCAGCCAGGUUUGUGAGGACUUUGACCCAUGAGGAAAUCUUAGAAAUCCCUAAACUUGCAGUUGCUAUAAAUGAUCUGAGCAGAGACCACUACUCAGAGUUCCUUCCUUACUCCACAGUAUAUUUGGAGGUUGAGAAGUUUAAGAAGUCCCUGGGUAUUUCUGUUUGAUGCUCUUUUUUGUUAUUCUUCUAUGUAUCUGUUAGCUGGAGUUCUGCUUGUAAGGAAAUAAGAAUCAAAAACAAAGAGCAAGCUUUUUGUAUUUUCUUUGUAUUCCUUGCUGAGAUUAUUGGCUUAAAACAUCAUGGUCUAUAUAAUUUGACUGGAGUGAUAUUUAUCAGA